AUGGAGAAACCAAACAACCUCGACAUAAUAUCUGGGCUGUCGGACGGAGAGGGCAGUGAAGCACCUCCCAGCUAUAGUGAAGGAUAUGGUGGAACGACCCCCGUCCAUGUUCCAACGUCGCCAACUGAAGAGUUAAAUGCUACUUUCGACCAUGUUAUGAAUUUUACCCCUGAUCCCAUCGAGAUAUCGUCUUGGAAUUCUAAUAUAACACCCGAUACUUGUCUUGUACACCUCAGGCUACUUGCUGCCUUCCAGAGUUUAAAGGAGGAUGUCGGCUAUACAGAUGGCAUUUGGGGUCUCUUCGAUAGUAGUUGUCUCUUACAGCAGGAUAAGAGGUCUAAAGCUGUCGAAAAUGGACAGAAGCUCGAAGAAGAGGCAAUGAAGCGUUUAGCUAGCCUUCGAGAGAAGCGAUGGGCACUUUUUGUAGCAAGGGCCGUGGACCGAUACGAAACCUGGUGGGCUAGCCUUUCUAAGAAACACCUAACAGAGAGAAAUAUGCAAGGCCACUACGGAGAAGAGUCCGCCUCUACAAUAUAUGGUGCGUUUACGACCAAAGGGAUACCCCUCCAUUGGGCUGAACACAUACUUCCGCCUUUAGAUGUUCUAAUGGUCUGGCAUGCUCACAUGCUCAACCCUAGAGCAUAUCUUGAGGACUCUAUACUAUACUGCCUAAAUGGUUUGUGGACGGCUGGCAUGCCAUGGCAGCUCAUUAAUAAUGCGAUUGAUACCAACUUCAACUAUAACGUCUCGCCCGAAUGCAAGGAAGCAUGGGAACAUCUUAUAGGUCGGAAGUGGGACAAUGCUGAUGACCCAAUGGUUAAAGUACUCAAAUGUCCUAGUUGCGCCAAGACCAUUAGGAUACCAUGGACAACAUGCGAACUACCCGAAGGAUAUACUAGUAAAGACACUGAUCUUCUUGGAGAGGGUUAUGGAGAUGGAAACUUUAAACACGUGUGUCCCAAAUGCGGAAGAACCAUCACGAGAGGGUUUCUCGAGGCAGCCAAAUUUGUCAAAGACUCACAGAGGCUCCUCUCCCAUGGUCGCCCAAUGCCCGGUACGAUAUUGGAAAACGAUACGGGACUACCACUAGAGGCUCGCGAUGCCCGCCAACAGGAGCGGACAUUCCCAAACAGGAUCAUCAAAUUCCGCCUUCGCAGCGAGCUAUUGCUAUUAAUUAACCCUCAUAGAAACCCGGCACCAACGAUGGACGAUAUCCGCGUCCUCAUUGAGCGCACGUUAAGCAAUAAUAGUGCUAUCAAGCAAAUAGAGGGUGUUACGGGACGUGACUUGGCCAAACGCUACCGUCUGGGCAUAAAGGCCAAAGCACACACUCGAAAAGUAAUGUCGCGAUACUGGGGGAACUCUUCCCCGUUCGCUCUUGAUCUUGGUGGCGCCGUUCUCCGCCAGGGCAUAUUUGUAGAAAAGAUGAACAAGAUUGACUGGCUCCACAGUCCAGCGGCUCGGGACACAAUGUCACGAUUACUUAAGAAAUACAAACGCUUUGUAGAUAUCAUGGCCCUGCAUCCUUCACGAACUGCCGUUCCAACCCUCGACGUCGACUUGGCAUGGCACACGCAUCAGCUCAGCCCUUAUAUAUAUACUAGGUAUAUGUACACGAAGACCCACGGUCUAGUUGAUCACGACGACAAGAUUGACGAGGACAAGCUAUCCUCAGCUUUCGAGUGGACGAGCAAGGAAUAUCAGGAAACCUACGGUGAGGUCUACUCGGAGUGCACAUGCUGGUACUGUGAGUCGAUUCGUGCUUCGCAUGUGUCCUCCCUCGGCAGCAAACUCCGCAUAUCGAAGAACGAGAAGGUCUCUGAAACUUUCCAUAAAUCUGGCAAAGCCGCGCUCUGUCCCCCUGACAGCAGCGCACACAUUUCGGCACACAACGCCGUCAAAUUCACCGACGUAAACGCUAGUCGCGAAGUCGUGCACCGCCGCUUACACGAGGCGCACCAGCAGCACCUCAACCGCAACUACGAGCGCGCGCAGAAGCGUGCCCAGAGAAAGGGUCGCGAGCUCCCGCCCCGAGAAGAGUAUUACAAUUCCUACUGGGGAUACCCCUAUAUGAUGUACGGCCCGUACCUUUAUCCCAUGUACUUCACCGCCGGGUACUACCCUACCGGUGCCCCUGGCGAGGCUACUGUCGGUCAGGGCGCUCAAGGAGGGUGUGUGGCGGGAGCUUGUGGACAAGGAGGUGGUGGGUGUGGUGGAAGUGGAGGGUGUGGAAAUGGCGGUGGUGUGAGUUUUAACCUUCCUAGUUCAUUCUCCCUCUGCUACUGA